AUGUCAACUUCUGCUACUUCUCACCUUUCCACCGUUCAAACUAAUGCCAUUACUCAUUCUGCCGCCGCCAAUCCAGAGGAGGUCCAGUCCGUAGUACCUCAGAAUGAGGAGGAUACUACUGACGGCAACUACAAGGCAUUAGAUCAUUUAUUAACAUACAAAUGGGCCAAUUCAACUUAUCAAUGGUUCGCCGAUUGCAAGUACACCGGCACUGUUGUGGGAACACUCGCUCCUGUUCAAAAGGCCGUCAUGAUCAAGCCUAUUCAACAUGUUGCAAACUGGACUGACUCCUUUUGCGAUAGAAAGUUGUCUACAGUUGAUUAUUUUGUCGAUUUAUCGUCGGCACAGAUUGACGACAUGACUCGCCUGGUCAAGGGUACCCUUGGUAUGAUUCACCUUGUCACUAUCAAGGGCGUUGUGGAACCUACAGUGAAGCAGGUGAAUGCCGUGGGUUCCCAAGCACAUUCACUUUUGCAUAACGAAAAUGGUAAAGCCAUCGUGCCUUCCGUGGCUGACCCAUUGGUCUCUCCUGUCAAUGUCAUGUUAGAAAAAGUGAUGGAAAAGAAGUCGCUCAAGCCUGAUGCCGUGGGGGAACAGUCAAGCGAACUUAAGAGGAGUUACAAGAUCAUAAAGCAUAUUAUUCAUGGUGAAAGAGAGGUGAAGUCCCUGGAGAUUAAUGACGAGCCAGAGGGUAACACUAGUUUGGAAGUACAUGCCGAGUAA